UCCACCAAACAUCAGCUGUUUCAGUUAGCUUGCACUUUAAUUAAUUUUGAUUUUCUCAAUUAUAAAAUGAAUAGCCGUUGUUAAAAAGUGUCUGAAAGCUACACGGAAAUGAGUUAGGCAGAGAAAGAGAAAAAAAAAAAUGUUAUCAGCAAAACUAAAUUGUGCUGUCACGAAGACGCCGCGCUUGUAGAAAAAAAGUGCUUUCAUAGUACCAACUACGGAAAUCGUGAUAAGUUGAAUACUGUUAAACUAAAGGAGUUGGUAUUGUUUAAUCAGUAACUCGUACCGAGCUACACUAAAAUUCAAAAAUGAGCAUAAAUUGGCGUGAACUUUUUCCAACAAAACUCACAUUCGUCAUAUUUUUGCUCUACAUAUCGCUGUUCAUCGGUCAGGGAAUUUUCGUAACCGCUUCACAGGAAGCCAACAACUCGUACAGCUAUAACACGGUGACCGUGGUUUUACUCACCGAAGUACUGAAGCUGCUGGUUUCUGCUAGUUUAUAUUGCAGAGAAAAAAAUUUGACCAGUCUGCUACGCGAUGUGCGAAAGGAUUCCAAUGUCAUGAUGCUGUACUUUGUGCCCGCGUUUCUCUAUUGUCUCUACAAUAACUUGGCUUUUGUCAACUUGUCUACAUUCGAUCCAACUACAUAUUAUCUGCUGUUGCAGCUACGUGUUGUGAUUACUGGGGUACUAUUUCAGAUAAUUUUUAAAAAAUACUUGACCUGCCGUCAAUGGAUAUCGCUUUUAUUACUCACCUGCGGUUGCAUGUUGAAGCAAAUUGAUUUGAACAAAUUCUAUGGGGAUACAAAUGAUGAUAGUGAGGCUGCUGCAGUGCAACAGGUCACUCUAAAUGUGACUAACGCCUUUUCGCCGAAGGUGAGCGGGAAAAAUAUGAACGGUUUCGACCUCAGCCUUAGCGCUCUACUUAUACUGGCACAAACGAUAUUUUCCUGUCUCGCUGGCGUCUACAAUGAAUAUUUGCUAAAGGACAAAGGCGUUGAUGUGAACAUAUUCGUGCAGAAUGUAUUUAUGUAUAUUGAUUCGAUUGUAUGUAAUGCCUUAAUACUGUUGGUGAAUGGCCAGUUGGUGGGCGCAUUCACAACGCAGAGUCUACGCACCAUUUGGCGUUUUAAUGUUAUUAUUAUAAUAGUAAACAAUGCUGCCAUCGGUAUAGUCACGAGCUUCUUUUUGAAAUACAUGAAUUCUAUUGUGAAAACUUUUGCAAGCGCUUUAGAGUUAAUGUUUACCGCCGUACUCUGCUAUUUUCUCUUCGCUAUACCAAUUUAUAUUAACACAGCACUGGCUAUUGCGGUCGUAUCGUUUGCAAUUUAUUUAUAUUCGCAAAGUCCCGUUGUGAAUACAGGUAAAAUUCGACCUUUGACUAGCCUGCGAGAAGCGUCACAAGAUAAGCGUAUGCUGCUCAAUUCCGAUGAUGAAACGGAUUUGGAAAUGGAUAUAGUGUAGCGAGUGGAAUUGUUGUAGUAGACAGCAUUUGAAGGCCCAAAUCACUGGCUUAAAUCUAACGAAUGAGACCAGUGAUAGUGUUAGUGUACAUUUAAAUUAAACCAUAAGAUAUUAAAAUAUCACCUUAAGUUUUCUUUAUUAUAUUAUAUAUAUGUAUAUAAAGCUUUAUUACGACAAUGUUCAGCGUAUAAAACUACUUUACAAACAAAAAAAAAAAACAAAUUUCAGGUUCGGUUCUACAUUUGUUAAAUGAAAUUAGACGUUACGUCUGCACAUGUUGGGGUAUUGGAAUCCUAGUGUAUAUUCGAAAUAUAGUUGGUCUCACAUCAAAUCUCAUAGGCUGAUAGUUAUGAUUUGUCAUAUACCUACAGAUUAUAUUCGAAAGUAUUUUUAUAAAUAUCCUACAAUAAGAUAUAUGUACAUACACGAGUUUGACCGAAAUAAAUAAAAUAAAAUCGAAAA